AUAAAAAUGAAAUUCUAAGUCUCCAGAAGAUGGUUGAAGAAAAAAAAAUGACCCUGAGGAAGUUCUACAGAAAGUUUUACUUCAUCCAAAGGGUGUGAUGCUUUGGUCCAGGAAAAGCAUAACCAUUUUCCACAAUAGAUCAAGAGAGGACAUCGUGUACUUAGAUGCAACAGGGAGCAUUCUGAAGAGAUCAAAAAACAGCGAAGGUCCUUUCUAUGUGUACGAGCUGGUGGUCAGAAACCCCAAGAAGGGUUCAUCUCCAUUUCCUGUUGCAACAUUCGUCACAUGUGACCACACAACAGCCUCUGUUCUGUAUUUUCUAAGUGCAUUUCAAACAGAUCACACCAAACAAUAUGGAAAAAACACAACUCCACUAAUGAUAAUAUGUGACGGCUCCCUGGUGCUAAUGCAGGCCAUAACAAUGGUUUUCAGUGAAACAAACCUCCAGGCCUUGCUCCAAAGUUACUACAACAUCCUCACAGGGAAAGGUACAGCACAAGACUUUGGCCAUCCAGUCCUUCACCGCUGUUUGAGCCACAUCAUGAAGAAUGCCAAAACUUUAUGCAAGAAGCAUGCACCCAAGAACUACAAGCUGGCCAUGCAUGUGUUUGGACUCUUAACAUCAGCGACUUCCAUAACUGAGUUUGAUGAAAUGCUCCUCAGCUGCACUGUCAUCUUCUCCAGCCCUUGCAGCUCUGAAAAUGUGCAGAAGCACUUUGACAAUAUUCAAACCAUGCUGACAAGUAUUGAUGACUCAGCUGCUGAUGACAUCAACAUUGCUCCUUAUGACCUAGAGGACAUUUUCAGUCCAACACCCUUUGAGGAAGAACACUUCAUGGAUAUCAUAAAAAGAGCACCUGUGGACCAAGAAGGGGAGCCUAAUCCAUACCACAGCGAGACAUUCAUCUCGUCUUUGGCAAAGUACUUCUUGCCUCAGGCAGCUCUCUGGAGCAGCAUGAUGUUGGGUGAUCUUGGGAGGCAUGGUGAAGGGCUCCCAUAUCGACAGUUUUCAAAGAAUUUUGCCAAGAUAUCCAUGAAAAAAAAUCAGGAACACCGUGUUUUGAAAGAGAAGUGGAGGCAGCAAAAACAAAAUAGGAGGGGAGUGUAUGUCACCUCCAUCAAGCAGCCCUUCCACUUCAGAAAGACAAAAACAGUGGUGACAGGUCCUCAGACGAUAACCACAGCUCCAACCACUGAUGAUUCUGCAUCAGUGGCAGCUCCGGACCUGAAAGACAAAGACCCAGUUAUCGUUGGUGCACAUGGUUUGAAGGUGACUGCAGGUCCUCAAACGACAACAGCAGCUCCAACCACUGAUGAUUCUGCAUCAGUGGCAGCUCCGGACCUGAAAGACAAAGACCCAGUUAGCGUGGACGCACAUGGUUUGAAGACAUGGAAGACAAGAAAAUGAACGGACCAAUUUAGAUGAAGCACUCCCCAAAAGACCUCAUCCAAACCAUUAGGCUGGAAAAGCAACCCCCCAUUAAACGCCACCAAUUGCAGAGCAUUCUGCACCCCAAACCAUGGCUAACAAGUGACGAGGUGGAUGCAACCUGCUUUUUAUUGGCAAAGAAGUUCCCUGCUCAGAACGGUCUGCAGUCCUGCCUUUUUUUUCAGUGUCUUCACCAGGGUGGUUUGUUGGCACACCUGACAAGCCAUUUGUACAGGUUCUUAAGGUAAAUGAGAACCACUGGAUCACAGCCAGUAAUAUCUUUUGUGGAAAAAAUGAGCUUUGCAUCUAUGACAGCCUAGAUGUAACCAUUACAAAGAAGACAGAGCAGAAACUUUCAUGGUUAAUUCGUCCGCAAGCACCUUCAUUUGUCAUCAGAAGGCCUGCAGUGCAGAAGCAGCAUUCAGGGAGCAGCUGUGGGCUGUUUGCCUUAGCUUUUGCUUCUGUUCUGUGUGAGGGAGUCAGGCCAGAGGAGUGCCACUUUAAAGACAAAAAUAUGAGGCAAAGACUGUACAGAGCUUUGACAAACAAAAUGGCACCAGUCUUCCAUUACCAAAACACAAAACCAAACCCUGAAAGACCCUCAAUCAAAGUUGAGGUACACUGCAUCUGCAGGACCUCACACUACAGGGAGGUGAUGGUGCAGUGCAGCAGCUGUGACACUUGGUACCACCCAAACUGUGUGUCUGUCCCACGGAAAGCAUUGGACACCACCACAGAAGAAUGGGAAUGUGAGAGCUGCAAAAAGUAAAGGGAAGAAAGUUUAUUUUUAGUUACCACUUAGUUUACCGAUCUGAGAGCAGUUGCCUCCUAACAUUACAAGAAAUAUUUUUUGUGUAGUUAUUUUUGUGGAAUUGUUAUUAUUAUAUUAUUAUGGGGAUACAUUUUUCGAGUGAAGAAUCAGGUGAAAUCUUGAGUGUACUUGCUACACACUUUGUGUUAGAUUGCAAUUGUUUUCAACCUGCGUAUUUUCUGGU